AUGGCUAAUACGAAGUAUCCAGGUAGUGGCUACAAACGAGGUAGUGAAACUCAAGAAGAGGCACUUUUUCGUCGUUCGAAUUACUUUCAAAGCCUCGAUCUUGAACUACAUGACGGAAAACCAACGGCUCGGUUCUAUUGUAAUUCGAAUUGUGAACUAGAAUCUUUAGCUGAACAUGGUACUCUAGAUCCAAUGGAUGAGUUCGGAGCAAUUUAUACAUUGGGAUUGACAGUUUUUCGGCAACCCGAAAAUACUGGCUAUGCUUUCGUGGAAAUACCUGUGUACGAUGUGUGUGCUAUUGUAAUGUCUCACUAUCGCGAUUCAAAAGUUGAGAAUAAUCUUCUCACUUCAAAAUAUUCUAUUGGCCAAAAUCUUAAUCCAAUUGAAAAGUUUCGUCCUUUUCAAAAAUUGCUCGAUACUUUAGACAAAGAACCAAAACGACAUAAACUUGUCGACAUGAUGAUUGGAUCUUGGCGAAUUCUAAAUCAAACAACUAUGAAAAUAACAUUAAGUGAUAUUAGAAUCUUUCAUUUGAACCUAUGCCUUUAUGGAGAAAAAUGUAAUGACUUGAAAAAUGAACAGCAUUCUCGUGAAUAUUCACAUCCACCUUUAUGUCCAUACGCACAUAAUAUGACACCAUGUAAACACAAAGAUGAUAGCCAACAUAUGCUUUGGUUCAGGCAUCCUCAAAAAUGUUCGUAUGGUAGUAAAUGUGAAUUGAUUGAAAAUGAUCUCAGACAUUCAAAUGAAUUUGAACAUCCUGGAUUUUGUCCUGAUCGUGGUCGUUGUGAAAACAUGAAUAAUGAACAUCGGACAGUUUAUCAACACAUUCCAUUAUAUAAAUUUCGUCGUCAAUGUGUCAAUAAUAUUCAUGGAUUAAAUGAUCAUUAUCUUAGCUUUUGUCACUGA